AUGGGUAUUGACUGGAUUGUAGGUUGGUUUUUCACUUUCUUUGGUCUGUUAGGAAACACCUGGAUUAUUUUCAUCAUCGCUAAAAGAAGAAGGCUACAAACGACUACAAACUGGUUCAUCCUUUCCUUGGCGGUGGCCGAUCUGGGUGUUACUUACGGAUAUUUUCCAGCGUCCAUGAUCUGCAAUGUGCUUGUGGAUACAUGCAACAACGGCCUUCGCCUCAUAUUCGCGAACUUUUUCAGUGAAGUUUCUGUCACUUGCUUGAUCGCUAUGAUUGGUGAACGCUAUAUCGCUAUCGUACAUUCGUUGAGAUACAUCCAUUACCUGACCACUUCUAGGGCAGUCACCGUUAUCACGAUCUGCUGGGCAUUUCCUUUUCUUUUAGCCAUUUUCCGGCUUAUGGUCUAUCUUGGCAGCGGUGAGGAUUUAAUCGCAGAAACGCCUGUAUUCGCUUUCAUUCACAUCAUGCUUUUCCUAUUCCUACCAACAAUAUUUCUUUUCGCAGCACAUCUCCAUAUCCUAUUAAUUGCUCGCAAACUCUCUCGUGAGAUGAAAGUUCUUUUGAAACAGGUGAGAUUUAACGUAGCAGCAAACUCGGUGAAAAUAAUGGAGGUUAGAAAUGUAGGAUUAAAAACAUCCACAGUCAGGCUGGUAACUGUGCUUGUUAUCAUAUGUAUGGCGUUUUACGGAAUAGAUAUCCAUCUGUCGAUAUGCUUUUAUUUUAAUCUCUGUGAUGAGUCCUAUUAUGAAACAGUGGCAGCUGAAAUGCUCCUCUUGACCAAUUCUACGUUGAACCCUCUUGUGUACGCUUUUCUCAAAGAA